CCGAGCGUAGCCGGAGAUUUCGGUCAGAGCCAUAACUGGGCUACAUUGGAAGUCUUAGCUGAAGGAACAAAUGUCAUUGCAAAAUGACAUCGACUCUGUCUAAAUUCAUCAUCAAGACCUUGUGCGACAACCAGGGGUGUUUGGAAUUCGGGAAAUUAGAAGAUCAGCUCGCACAGAAAUUCACGGUUGCGGAUUCGGUCCUACGCGCUGUGCUCUUUAAUAUUUUAAUUGGAUGGCAUGUUGUCAUUUACAGAGGGAAGUGUAAGAAUCCACACAGUGUGGCAUUUCCAUACAAUGCAAAGCUCUUGAAGAAGUACAAUCUUCAUGAUUUCACAGAGAAACAGCUGUUCCAGCUGUUACUGCAGAACGAUCCUUAUCUGCUUCCUGAGAUAUGCUCGCAUUACAACAAGGGCAACGGUCAGCACGGCUCAUGUAAAUUCACCACCUCGUGCACAAAGCUCCACGUCUGCCAGCAUUUUUUCCAGGGUGACUGCAAAUUUGGCUCUUCGUGCAAAAGACAGCAUGGCCUCAAUGGACCUGCGAUGAAGCUCUUCCGAGGAUUCAGUCGUGAGAAUAUUAAAAACCUUCACAAGAUCUACAGAAAUAAAUGUAUCAUCAUGGGUCAACAGGAGAGGCAGGGUACUGGUGUCACUGUGCUAACAGAGGUAAGACCCUCAACUCAGAAGCCUCAGCAGUCUUCCCAGCAGUCUUCCCACAGCAAUCCUGGAUCCCCAACCAGUUCUGUUUGUCCAUCUAAGCCACCGAGCAAUGCUGACACGAAUGAAAUCUGCCUUUAUUUCAUUCGCAGACAUUGCGGGUUCAAAGACAAGUGUGCACGUGUCCACUGGCAUCUGCCCUACAGAUGGCAGGUUUUAGACACUGAUGGUGUAACCUGGAAGGACUUGCCCACUAUGGAGGAAAUUGAAAAGGCAUACUGUGACCCAGCAAAAGAGACGAGCUGCAUGGAUCAACCUUCGUCCAGCUUAGGGCUUUUCAGAUUUCUGUCUCUUCAAAGCUCUUCAUCCCCUAGUGAGCAGUCGGUGGACUUCAGGACCAUGAGAUAUGGAAACUCUCCAGUUCGUCGCCUGUCCACUGCCUCCUCUGUCUCAAAGCCCCCUCACUUCAUUCUCACUACACAGUGGGUCUGGUACUGGAAGGACGAUGGUGGGAAAUGGUUGGAAUAUGGAAAGACUGUGUUCAGGCAGAAAGAGCAGAUGAAGGGGAGGAACGGAGGAGACCCCGCAAUGAUGUAUUUGUUCCACGGGACUGACGAGUCUCUGAUAGAGGCCAUCUGUGAGCAAAACUUUGACUGGAGGAUGUGUGGGGUCCAUGGCACAGCCUAUGGCAAAGGGAGCUACUUUGCCAAAGAUGCAUCUUACUCUGACAGAUACGCCAGUGUCAGAGCAACUCCAAACAAGAUUAUGUUUGUUGCCCUGGUCCUGGUAGGGGACUACACCAAGGGGAGAAGCACGUACGUUCGCCCGCCGCCAAAAUCAAACGGAAAAACGCUCUACGAUAGUUGCGUUGACUCUGAGAGCAAACCCAGCAUUUACGUUGUCUUUGAAAAGCAGCAAAUUUACCCAGAAUACAUUAUCAACUACUCAUAAGUCGCAGUUUGCCUUCUUUUUUCAGACUAGUGAAACUCUGUGGAUGGAUGUUCUUUAGUUUCGUGGUGUAUUUGAAAGUUUAGAAUUUUGCAAAUGUAGAAAAAUGAUUAAAAUAAUUUAAUAGUUAACAAAGAUAAUGACAAAAUCUUUAAAAAAUGCAAUUAAUGAACACUCCACAGGUUAUCAUUUUACAUUUUGAUUAUUCAGAGCUCAUAUGUAUAAACAGCCUUUAAUUUUAAAUGUAGCUUCUUAUUCCUGUGACAUGCUCAGCGACUUCUCAUGUCUGUUUUAAAUGCAGUGUCAUGUAAGUU